GAAUGUAUUUUUCAAUUUUAAUYUAGUAAUAUUUCAGUAUUUCACUUGUAAUUGCCUUUGUUGUUAUGUACUAAAUACUAAUUUCAUUUAACUUACUGGUUAUAGACUAUAGUAGUUACUUACUGUUCAUAAUUAGCAAUAAUCAAACAUUUUUAUUGACUUGAUCAACUUUCCUCGUACUAUUAUGUGGAUUUAUUUCUUAUUAUGUGGAAAACAAAUGCAUUAGUACCGAUAUGAUAGAAAAAUUGUCAAUUUUCAAACUAUAGCAACUAUCUUUUAUAUACAUUUGCCAUGGACGAAGAACAAUCUAGUGAAUUUAGUACUUCCAAAGUUGUUACUGAAAACAAAGAAAAAAUUGAGAUACUAUUGAAAGCAACUGGUAAUGCACCAAUUCUYAAAACAAAAAAAUGGAUGGUUGAAAAAGAAAAGACAGUGGCAUCUAUUAAUGAUUUCUUGAGGAAACUAUUAAAAUUAGAACCAUCUGAUAGUUUGUUCUUAUAUGUGAAUCAAGCAUUCGCGCCACCACCUGAUCAGACGAUGAAAAAUUUAUAUGACUGUUACAACACAGAUGGUCGUCUUAUAUUACAUUAUUGUAAAACCCAAGCGUGGGGGUAAGAUACUAAGAUCAUACCUAUUACAUUUUGUUUCUUAGGAAUCAAAAAUAUUUUAAAUUGUAUUUAUUUUAAGUUUUUAUAAUUAUAA